AUGAAAUAUGCAAAAGGUUUGGCUCAUAAAACAGCAUUAUCAGGAAUACGAAUACAAGCAUUGUUAAAAAAAAUUGAGGAAAGACAACAUAUAGAUGAAUUACUUCCAUCCAAUAUACCACAAAAUGAUCAAAUAAAUGAAACAUUGUCAUCAUCGUCAUCUAUUCAUUCCAUUGAUCAGUACCAAAAUAAUAAAUUAUUAGCUGAAAUUCGUAGUGGAGUACAAUUGCGCCAUGUUGUACCAAAUGAGCAUAAACAAUGCACUGAAAUGCUUUAUGAUAAAACAUCCGCGAAAUUAUUUAUUCCG